AUGUCCGACGACGAGAAGCCAUCGCUUUCCUGUCUGGAAAAAGUUGCCUGUGGUAAUGUCAUAUCAAAAUGGACAAAAGGUGAAGAAGAUGCUGCAGAAGAGCUGGAUGAUGUUGUGGAUUCGGUGAUUGGACUUACUGUCUCAGACGACAAUGCAGUCCCAGGGUCCGCUGCAACUGAGACUUGUGAAUCCCCUGUUGUCUGCUCAGGUGAUGGGCGGGAUGCUGAUGACGAAGAAUCGUCUUCAUCCGGUAGUCACUGUGCAGAUUCCGAAGGGGAAAAAGGGGAGGAUAUUGUUAUGGAGGAAGGGGAAAAAGGGGAGGAUAUUGUAAUGGAGGAAGGGAAUGGUGAAACGGAGGAGAUUGAGAACCAAGAGGAUGGUGAAUCUCAGAAAAGUUCUGGUGCAAAUGCCCUCAUAUACUGUGAUGUGUGCACCAUAUACUGUAAAGGAGAUCGCGCUUACCAGAGUCAUGUCAUCGGUAUUUUCCAUGCCAAGCAAGCAGCGAAGAAACAGGAUGACUUGUUAGCGGGCGGUGAUGGAAAUGAAGAGAAGGAAGAGGGGGAGCACGAUGGUGGGAAGUUCAACUGUAAGCUCUGUUCAAAAUCUUUCCUACAAGUUGACACACUGAAAGCUCAUUACCGGAGUCUAGGCCACCGGAAAUCGCUUGAAGCCGCUCUUAAAAUAUCCGGCACUGUUAUCGAGGACAUCUGUGCUAAUCUUGACCUGGAGGAUAUCAAAGAACCGCUACUAGGUAUUGAGAAUGUGACGGAAAUUUACUCGUUCAAUAGUAAACGUGUCCUGCAGUAUUGCUGUACAAUAUGUGAUUGUGGCUCGUUGCGAUCCAAUGACCUCUUUCCUCACCUCAAAGGUAUUCGCCACCAGCUAAACUACAUGGCUAAGCACUAUGCUGACUGGGCCAAAAUAAUCGCAUCCGAGAAAAACACGACGACGCAGAAAGAACUGGCAUUGAAGUACGCAGAGGAAAUCAUCGAGUCCAAAGGUCGUGGUCAGAUUAUUAAAGUGAAGCUGGAUGACUCUAAGGAUACAACACCUGACUCUAAGGAACUGAAAAAGGAUACAAAUCAAGGACAAAAUCGGGACAGAAAGCCCAGGGGGAAAAUGUACUCCGAUCUCCUCACAAAGGAUGCAGCCGAAGCAAAGGCUAGACGAAGCGGGCAAAAAUCCGGGGACAAGUCUGGUGCCAAUGAUCGUGGGAAAAGUUCCGGCAGAGGUGGACAGAGUGGAAGGGCUGGACAGAGUGGAAGGGGUGGUCAGAGUGGCCGAGAUGGACGCAUGGACUCAAGGAAUAGAGGAUGGGGGGGACAGGGCAGGCAAAAUUGGGGUGGCGAUGUUCGACCAUUGAUGAGCAUUCCAUUACCUAAGACCAGGGAUCACUAUGGACCCUUGAGUUUGGGGAGGGGCAUGAUGGGGCACCAAGGUUUCAACAAUAGAGGUCACUUGCAACAACAAGGUCGUGGACGUGGCCUGCUGAUGCAGCAAAUGGGCAACCAACAGACGAUGAAUCACAACUGGGGCAUGAUGGGUAAUCAGCAAGGCAUGAUGGGUAAUCAGAUGAUGAACCAAAACAUCGGGAUGCGGGAUCAAAACGUGGGGAUGCGGGAUCAAAACAUGGGGAUGCGGGAUCGCCGUAUGCCGGCACGAGACGUACGCUUAGAUCAUGGAUUUACUGAUUGGACUAGAGACGAUUUUAGCAUUGGGAGUAACUUUCAGGGCAUGUCAAACAAUAAUGUAAUGUACAACAAUGACUGUUAUCCAGGUGAUUUAUGGGAAGCUCGAGGACGUGGAAAACGACCAAACAUGCCACAACAAAACAAUCAAGGUCCGGGUGGAGACAAUCGUGCUAAUAGAAAUUCUCACGGAGGCUAUUCACAAAGGAAUAACGAGGCAUGGGGAAGGCCUGGCCCUGGACAGGGAUAUGACGAUAGGAUGGGGAAGCCGCGUGGUGGGGGAGGGAGGCAGGGACAACAGGCAGCGAGUGGCAAGAAACAAAAUGAGGAGAGUAACACAAAGAAGAAGCUUUUGAGUAUGAUUGGGAACAUGUCGGAGAGUGAUGCUAAGGUUGUCCUACAAGUUGCUGGUGCUGUGUCAAAACACUAAACAGGAUCGCCCCAACGAGGACAGGCUGGCAGUCCCCAUGAUCAAAUCACAUUCUUGUAUUCGAACAGAUCUUGUGCUGUUUAAUAAACAUGUGAGACAGUCGAAUUGAGUGAUAUACCUGUACGAAUCCCGACAAAUGUUUGAAACAAGGAUGUAUGGUAGAGUGUUUGAGGUUCCUCCUCAAGAAUUUAUCAUCGUAUUUUUUCUGGCUUGAGGUUCAUUCAGGAUCUUUGCCAUUGAAUUGAUGGUGACAUUUGUUGACAGGUUUCUGAUACAGAAAUAGCCCUGUCUCAUAAGGGUUGAAUAGUUCUGUUGUCAGAAUGGUUUGUCUACCUGUACCACUGUAAAAACAUCGGAAACUUUCUAUUCUUGUUUCAACGCCUGGGUGCGUCACGUGUUAUUAUCAAUACCAACAAAGAAAUAUGUGUGAUAUUUUUGGAAUUGAACAUCUGUAUGUUGAACGUGAGAAUUAUUUCUUUGAGGAAUUACUUGAAAAGCAUUAAACUGCUGUUGAUGUUGCUUUCAAGGUGUAACAGAUGUUGAGAGGUUGUCCAGUGUAAGAGCUCGGACUUAUAGUCCCAAGUUCUUUUUUAAUCAUAGAAUAUGUCAACGUUGAUCAAGUUACGACUUUUUGUUCAGCUCACACAACCCAGAAAGUUAUCUUAUUUUAUUCUGGGAGUGACGUGUUUAUGUGUAACUGGACAUUGACCAAAAGAUGACGGCCAGACCAGAAAUCCUUGUAUUUCCCCCUCACUUACAAGGCUUUGAUGCAUCAAUGCAUUACAAGUACUUGUAUUGUUGAGAAACUAUAGGAAAGCAUUUCCAGAUACAAAUUCUUCUCCGAGUUUGGUGAGAGUUGAUGAAUGACCAUUUUGCAGAAAUGCAUAUUGUAGGUUCUUUGAAAUGUGCUUAUUGUGUGAGAUGUUUUGUUUGCUCGGCUGACAUUAUAUAUUCAAUAGUGCAUGUCUCUGUUUUUUCUUGAUUGUGGCUAACGGGCCCAAUUACCAACUUCGGUCAGGUAUUAUGCCUUAAUUAUGUGACUUUCAUAUGUUUAAUAGAGUUAUAAUGUAACUUUAUCGUAGCUAUAUUUACAUGUUCUACAUGUACUAAUAAUGUAGUGAGAAUAACCACAUACUACAUGUAGUAUAGUGGUUAGAAUUCUUUUAUGUAUGAUAUUGUCAUUGCAGUCAUGUGUAGUGUUAAUUGUAUGAGAGAUAAAUGUAUAGUUAUAAUGAUGAUAAAGUUCGUCAAAAAAGCUGCAUUGCAUCUUGUAGUUGCACCAAGCUUAUAAUGAUUGAUAUCGUGAUGAAAUAUCAGAUUUUAUCUGUGACGACAUUCUCAUCAUCAGCAGUUGGCGUGGUCGUUACGUGGUUUGCACGGGCCUUGCUACGCCAUCUAUAGGCAUUUAUCGAAAGUCUGCUACCCCAUUGCUGUAAUGCUUAAUUAGAAGAUGAGGCUCUGUGGAUUGUUGCUACACUGUAUGAUGUAUUUCGAUGUUAAUUAGUUUUCAUGUUCUCUUUAGCUAGUGUUGUGUGUUGCUACAGGUUUUAACACACACAGUCUAUUGCCGUGUUGCCUGAUUUUGGUGUUGAGGAAACUUCCUGAUUUGGAAGGUGAGCACUGGCUUUGUUGCAGGUAUGAUAAGCUAGGAUUAUUAGCAUCUUCACUUGUAUUUAUCUAUAUUAUUGCAUCUGUGGUCCCCCCUCUUUGAUACAUGUUGGGUUAUAUGGAAUAAGAAAUGUGAAAUAGGCCAGUGUAGGCCUCUUCUGAAUUUCCCUGAUAUACAUGUAUUUACCCCACUGUAUAUGAAUUGAUCUUGAUGACUGGAAAAUCAGAUGCAAAAGCAGGCGAUCAUAUUAAAAACUGCAGACAAAUUUGAUGAAGACUGCAAUGGUCAUUCAGAAUCUGCAAAACUUGGAUGGGUAAUAACAUGACCCAUGGUUAGCAUCUUUGGAAGACUCCAAAGUUGCAUAACCUUGGCCUACCUGUCUAUGUAAAUUCCUGGAACUGCCUCUCUUGAGUGAAGCCUCGUGAUAACCUUGGGCUUGAGUCUUUUGCUGGCAAAUUUGCCGGUAUUUGUUUUUACCAAUGUUCAUCAUGUAAUGGCUAUAAACUCAUUAGAUGUGUUCAAGUUACAAAGCCCUGAAAAUUCAUGAGAAGUACAUGCCCUAAAAUAUCACUCAAUAAUUGAAUGUUCGGACCCCAUUUUCAUGGGACCCACUUCAUAAUGUUAACUUGCUCAUUCUUCGGUCUGGAUUGGCAUGUUGUUGCCUGUCAUAAUGAAAUUGAUGUACCCGGUAAGAUAACAGUUUCAAGGUAUCUCGAUGGUAAAGUGGUUAGCGUCCUGAAUAAAAGCAAAAAAUGUCA